AUGCACAUUGGACUCAAGAGGCCGCUGCUAGCGCAAGUGCCUUACAAAACCAAGAAAUUCCAACUAGCCAAGAAGCGUUCGGCACCAAUCUCGGCUUCAAUUAAGGAGAUUAGCGAUGAUGAUGAUAACCAUAAUAACCACGAUAGACCAGAGGUUAUUGAGAUUGACAGUGAUAGCGAUAUUGAGUGUGUUAGCAGUAGUGAUGAUAAUUUCAAUUCUUAUGGCAACGAUACCAACGACACCAACGACACCAACGACACUAGCACUAGCACUCACGACCAAACGUUUGAAUCUCCUAUCGACAUCGAUACUCCUAUUCUCCCUGAGAAUUACCCUCCUCCGCUGCCACCUCUCUGUCGCGACCUAUAUAACCUCACUUUUACUCACAGAACCUGCGCCGACUUUGUAGCCAAUUUCAACGCUGGCACCGAUAAUCUCAGAAAAAGUUAUGGUAUGCACACCAUCACCAAUGGUGUCAUGGGCGAUAGUAGGCAGGGGAAUGUAGCGUCAUUUGUACCCGUUUACGACAACGAAGUGAGUGAGUUUGUUGGUGACAGCAUCAUCGGCAUGGUAGUGGCUCUAUUGCUGAGAAAAUGGUAUCCACACCUUCGUCCUGACGGAUUAACAGAAAUACGCAGCAAGCUAGUCAACAGAGGCAGACUAUCGAGCUGGGCGAAGCUGUACAACUUCGACCAGCAUCUCAUUCUACCACCUCAGAUGCCCCAACUGCCUGUGCGACUCUCACCCAUGGUUCUUUGCGAUACAUUUGAGGCGUACGUAGCCUCUGUCUUUGACCAGCAAGGUGACGAAAGCGCCGGUCUUAUCGCCGUCAAGCAGUGGAUUGAGCCGCUUUGUAGGCCUUACGCAGAUAUGUACAGCGCUGCUAUCACCAAUCGCGAAAAGGAAGUGCGCGAGGCUCCUCGCAUGGGCAGCAUGGGCUACCUCAACCAGAUGAUGGAAAAACAUCACGUCGUCGCGGCGUGGACUGAGUCGGGCGGUGUGAAUGAUCUCAAUAACUCUCACAACUACUGGUCUGCUUCCCUUAACCUCACCCUCGACGAACGCGCACAUAAUAGCACUCCCCUCGCUGUGAAAUCUAAAUUCCCUCUCACUACCACAGGUAAAGCUUCCAAGAAGAAAGUUGCCAAGGAAAUGGCAGCUUAUAAGGCUUUGAAGACUUUGGGUCUUAACUGUUGUGGAGACAAUCUCUCAUUUCAACGAUACCUUAAACACACACAUCUUGCUAAAUAA